UUGUGAGGAAAGAGCCGUUCGCCGGCAACGGCGGCACAUCUGGGCGGGCACAUCUGGGCAUGCAACAUCGCCUCCCGCCGCCUUUUCCUCCGUCCUCGGCCGGCAGAGCGGAUCCCUCCGGGCCUCCGGGGAGGCUCCUGCUCGCCAGCCCGUCUCUCGGACCGAACAUUAAAACCUGGCAGCGCCGGGGACGGGGGGGGUGGGAAUAAAGGCUGCCGUGGUUUGGGGAUUUCUUUUUUUUUUUGGUUUUUUUGGUGUUUUUUUUUUUUUUUUCCCCUGGGAUUUAUUUCAUGGGGAUGUGUUCAAGACAAGAGAGGAUUCAGAAGGAUAUCGACGUCGUGAUCCAAAAGUGCAAGGCGGAGAAGGACUGCCUGUUUGCGGAUUUCAGGUAUUCAGACUCCACCUUUACCUUCACCUAUACUGGAGGCUCCAAAAGUGUAUCCUAUUCAGUCCAUGUCUCUGAGGAUUACCCAGAUAACACUUACGUUUCCAGUUCUGAUAAUGAUGAAGAUGUGUUAGUUACAACAGAGCCUAUUCCAGUAAUUUUCCACCAAAUUGCUACAGAAUUAAGAAAAACCAGUGAUGUCAACUAUUGCUUAUCCAUAAAAUCAAAAUUACAGAGGGAAAAUGGAGAGGAGUCACGGCACAACAGCACAGUUGAAGAAGACUCUGAAGGAGAUAAUGAUUCUGAGGAAUUUUAUUAUGGCGGACAGGUUAGCUAUGAUGGAGAACUUCACAAGCACCCACAGCUGGAGGCUGAUUUGACAGCAGUGAGAGAGAUCUAUGGACCUAAUGCAGUAUCUCUCAGGGAAUACGGAGCCAUUGAUGAUGUAGAUAUUGAUCUCCAUAUUGAUGUUAGCUUUCUUGAUGAAGAGAUUGCUGUGGCUUGGGAUGUAAUUCGCACAGAGCCUAUAGUAGUGCGGUUGCACUGUUCACUUACACAGUACUUAAAUGGUCCAGUGCCAACUGUGGAUGUGUUUCAGAUCUCUACUAAGGAAAGAUUUGGUCUGGGACAUCAGCUGAAAAAAAUCAUGCAGACAUUUGUUACACAACAGUGGAAGAACAGCAAAGAAAAAUCUAAUUGUACGCACAAUAAGAAGGUGUCGGACAAAAAGGUGAAAUCCCCUCUGCACAUCUUUUCUACAUUGCGCAGGUCGCCAAGUUAUCCUCCACCUGGCUGUGGUAAAAAUAAAUCAAAACUGAAGUCAGAACAGGAUGGCAUCUCCAAAACUCACAAGCUACUGAGAAGGACUUGCUCUAGCACAGUGAAGGCGGAGGAUGUAUGUGCCACAAAAUCUCACAGAACCUUUGGCCGCUCGUUGUCGAGUGACCCUAGGGCUGAACAGACAAUGGCUGUUAAAUCGCACAAACUGUUGAACCGUUCUUGCUCUGCAGCUGUCAAGCAGGAGGAGUGCAUCACUUUAAAGCCCCAUAAGCUGUUAAGUAGGUCAUGUUCUGGGGACCCUCGAUGUAAGCACAACAGCACCUUGAAGCCCCACAAACUUUUAAGCAGGUCCUACUCCAGUAAUCUUAGAAUGGAAGAAUUGGAUGGAUUGAAGAAUCACAAAUUACUCAGCAAGACUUACUGCAAUGCCCCUAAAUCAUCCAAAAUGGAGCCUUUCAAGGAGUCCACCACAGCAGAGAGCAGAAGGCUCUCUCUUACCUCAGGGCUUAUUGGUAUCUUAACGCCAUCUUCAUCAUCACCUUCACAAGCUGUUCAAAAUUAUGGUGCAAAAUGCAUUCCGGUACAAGAUCGUGGCUUUCUUGUGCAGACUAUUGAAUUUGCUGAGCAGCGGAUACCAGUAUUGAAUGAAUACUGUGUAGUUUGUGAUGAACCCCAUGUGUUCCAGAAUGGCCCUAUGCUGAGGCCCACUGUUUGUGAAAGGGAGCUCUGUGUAUUUGCUUUCCAAACAUUAGGAGUGAUGAACGAAGCUGCUGAUGAAAUUGCAACUGGAGCACAGGUGGUUGAUCUGUUGGUAUCCAUGUGUCGAUCUGCGUUAGAGUCACCUAGGAAAGUUGUCAUCUUUGAGCCAUAUCCUUCUGUAGUUGAUCCUAAUGAUCCUCAGAUGCUGGCCUUUAACCCUAGGAAGAAGAAUUAUGACCGAGUCAUGAAAGCACUGGAUAGUAUCACUUCAAUUAGAGAGAUGACACAGGCACCUUACUUGGAAAUAAAGAAGCAGAUGGAUAAACAAGACCCACUUGCACAUCCCCUUCUACAAUGGGUUAUUUCUAGUAAUAGAUCACAUAUUGUGAAGCUACCAGUGAAUAGGCAACUAAAGUUUAUGCACACUCCCCACCAGUUCCUACUUCUCAGCAGUCCACCAGCCAAAGAAUCCAAUUUCCGAGCUGCUAAAAAUCUCUAUGGAAGUACCUUUGCAUUUCAUGGUUCACACAUUGAAAAUUGGCAUUCCAUCCUGAGGAAUGGGUUAGUUGUUGCUUCCAAUACAAGGCUGCAGCUCCACGGUGCAAUGUUUGGAAGUGGAAUCUACCUUAGUCCGUUGUCAAGCAUAUCAUUUGGUUACUCAGGGAUGAACAAGAAGCAGCAGAAGGUGUCGGCUAAAGAUGAACCAGCUUCAAGCAGUAAGGGCAGUAAUACAUCACAGUCACAGAAGAAAGGACAACAGUCACAAUUUUUGCAAAGCCGUAACUUAAAAUGCAUAGCCUUAUGUGAAGUGAUAACCUCAUCUGAUCUGCACAAACAUGGAGAGAUAUGGGUAGUGCCCAAUACAGAUCACGUGUGUACAAGAUUUUUCUUUGUUUAUGAAGAUGGUCAAGUGGGUGAUACAAGUAUAAAUACACAGGAACCAAGCAUUCAUAAAGAGAUUCUUCGAGUUAUUGGCAAUCAAACUGCUACUGGUUAAAAGGACCACUCUUAUUAAAAUUGAUGUGAUUUGGAAGCCUUCCUCAGUAUCAAAGCUGGAUUUUGAACUGACGAAGAUGCAAAAAAAACCUAAUUUAUUAUAAUGAUUCUAAGCAAAUUAACCCUUUGAAUACUUACUGUUUUCUUACUUAGUAUUUCUUAUCUCAUCAAAACACCUGAGAUGGUAUGAAUUAGCAACUGAAGGGGUGCAAAGUCUAUUACUAUACUACAACUAAUAAUAACUAAAAAGGCGUUUGGGUUGCUCACAAUAAACAGACUUUAAAAAGGUGUUUUGUGCUGAUAUUUUUAUAUUUAACUUCAAUUGGAGGUUUUAGUACUGUACAUUGGCAUUUUAAAUUUAGAAUGAUUGAAUUAUAAGUGAGAGAAAAUUUUAUAGCGGAGCACCUGUAUUAGGCAGGAUACUUUGCAAUAAGUAAAAUAUUCUCAUACUUAAACAUGAUAAAAGGUUGUCUGGAACAUGUCAAAUUGAAGUUAUUGGUUACCUGCAGCUAUCUUUUAUUCACUUUAUUUUACACAAAUGCAGCUAGGAUUUAGAGUCACAAGUUAAAAUGACAAUACAUUUUUUAUUUAAUAAUUGAAAUGGAGAAAAAAGUAGUGUAUGUUUAGUUUUCUUUAUCUUGUCCAGAAACACUGCCUUAUCCAUUCAGCAGCUCAAUUGCAUUUUUUAGUUAUACAAGCCUAUCAAAUCUCUGGAAAUCCUGAAUUACACUCUUGAAUAUGGAGAGCAGUUCAACUCACCCAUCUGCACAGCUAUUACAGUCCACCUCAGAAAUCAUGAAUAGACUGAAUCCUCUAUUAUUUUAUUUUCAUAAUAAAGGUGUUGGAGCCAAAUAACAGCACAAUAGAGCACAAGCAUAUUUGUUUCUUUUCACCGGAACUGCAUUGCAUAAUCUUCCUUCUUUCUAUUUGAAGCUGCAACUCAAGUGCCCUACAAGUAAAAUAGUGUUGUUGGGCCUGGGAGCACAUACUUGGACCUGUAUUUUAGCAUUCCAGGCUUAUUAUCUGGGGAUUUCAGUUUUUCUAAGUUCCCAUCUGGAGUUGCAAAGCCAAACCCGUUUGCAAAUCCCCAUUUUGCUAUUCAAUUUCUGUUGACUUUCACCCCUAUUUUGUGGAUCCCUAACUUGAGAAUCACUAUUUUAGUGAUUAUUUUCUGUGUUAACUUCAAGAUUAACUUCUUGAUACAAAGGGGUUUCCUGAAAUUUAUCUGUCUGUGCAAGAACAGCCUUAGGUUUUGUAACUGCACAAAAUCAGAAGUGGAACAGAAACCCUGUAAUUACCGUCUCUCUAUAAUGUUUCCUGCUGCAUGUGUUUGAAUCAGUGUGUUUUGCAGAGCAAAAAGAAACUAGGGAGGAAGUCCACAAAAAUACCCUACGUUGAUUUGCUGGGUUCAUAGUCCGGCACUUUGGGAGGCUUCCUCAAAAAAAACUAAGAAAAAAGAAGGAUGUCCAUGAGCGAAGCCAAGUAAGCAGUCGUCUUCCCUGUCCAUUCAAGCUGCUGCAGUGGGUUACAAGGGAACCCACUGAAGGAAGAACCAUGAAAUGUAGCUGUGGCAGCAAGUUAGCCUUGGUUUGCACAAUGGGCUGAUGAUACUGGCUGUACGUUGUGCUAGUUUAAGUACAACCUCUGGAAAGAGGAGAGUAAGUACAUCUUUAGCAAAUUUUACGACUGCUUAGAAGGUUUUUCUAAAUGGAUGAGCAGGAGGAAGGGACAGCGUGAAGGAAAGCAGGACCUUUGGAGGCCUUGCUGUUGUAAGGUGCCCGUUCAGGGAAUACGGAGAGGACUGGCUUACACAUGAGGAAGAAGGAGAGUGGCCAAGAGUAAAAGGCAGAAUGUGAUGAGCACAGGCAUUACAAAGCAGUGGGAGAGAGCAAAACCUUUCAGGGAGAAAGAUACUUCUGAAAGGACAAGGGAUUUGCUCAUAGUAAAGAAAAAAAAAAAAACCAAAAUAGAGAAUUUAGUAAUUACACAGAAUUACUAAAAGGGGAUAUUAACAGGUGAGGUCCCACCGGUGCAUGGCAGGAGAAGGAACUGGAAGAACUAAGCUGCACUGUGAGGGGACAGAGCCCACAGAAGCAUGGGGCAGCACUGUGCCUGGGACUGCUGGACCGCCUGGGCAGUGUCAGUGCAGAGGACAAGGGAUGGUCCAGUGUCACGCAUAAACAGCAACUGAAUUAAACCAAAAUUUACUUGUUACACAGUAGAUCAGUCAGUUUGUCUUUAGCCAAAAUACUGAGAAAUUUCUUGCAGGUUUUCAGCAGGUGAACAGGACUCUUCUGAUUGUUUAGCAAUUAGUUCUCGUGAUUUUUAAAAGAUGAGGGGAAAGAACGAUGUUCUUUGGAGGUCUGUUACUCAAAAAUAAAUUGCCCUCCUCUAGCAAACUUCAGAGCUGAGACAAAGACUUUAUCACCAAGAAGUGGAAUGAAAAAGCUGUAGGGUGAGAUUUUCUUUGAGUGAUAUUUCCCUCAUGGUUUUAUCCAAGGGUAGGAGUUGCAUAUUGCCAAAUUCUUCCAAAUACGUACAUUCAUGCAGGUUGCAGAGUAUGAAAAAUAAAAAGCCGAGGUCACCCGAGCAAGGGCCCUGUGUUAUCCACAAAACCCCUACACUUCCCUUCCUCUGCUCUCAUUCACACGUAUUGGUGAUAGAGUAAUCUUUAUAAUUCCCACUCUAAAGUUGCAGGCUUUUCACAGGUAACUUUUAAUCACAGAAAACAGAGCCUCGGGGUCUAUUGUCUCUCUUAGUAGAAAUCCCCAUGAAGCCCUACUUCUCUAUCUGUGACCAUGUCCUGCACAGAUCAACUAAGGAAGGUCUUGGGAAAGAACUUGCUAACUUGUUCCUGCAUCCCGAAACAAAUUACAAGCCGGCAAAUAGAAAGGGUUUCAUGGAAAAAAUGUAAUACCUUAAUAUUGCACCCUAAUUAUGAAUUGCCAUAUUUAUACUUAUGAAUAUUUUAACUGUUGAGAAAGGAAUCCAAAAAGAUGCUAUUAAAACUUUCUUGAGAAUCAGCAGAUAUUUAGCAUUCAAGGGGUUAAGCAAUUGUGUUAUCUUCUAUGAUAUGAAUCAGCAUAGCUCUGUUUUCUUUAGCAGUGCUACUGUUUUGAUCAUCUGAGCUUUUGGCUCCAUAUUACUUAUAAAAUGGCCAGUUUGUGUAGUAUUCUACUUAAUUUACAAGAAUUAGUCGAUGACACUGGAAUUGUUUAUGCUUGUAUUUUUCUCUAAAGCCUUUGAGGAACUGUUACUGAUGCUGUAUAAUUUUACUAUUAUAACUGUUAGUACUAAAAUCAAUGCAUCUGAUGAAUAAUUUAGAUUAUGCUUUUGUUAAUACAAAUAUAAGAUCACUCCAGAAGAAGACUUUAUGCUUAGAUCAAUUUUACUUUGCUUGUAAACCACUUCCUACUGUGGUAAAGAUUAGCGUACUUCCAACAUGGAUGAAAAGUGCAAAAAAAAAAGAAAAAAAAGAGGGUACAACUGAAUGAAGAGAUUUAUGAUUUAAAAAGAAAAGCUAAAAAAAAAAAACUUAAACAAAUAUAAAAUCAGUAUCUAGUUACUUACGCAUUAUGUAAAUUUAGAUGGAUUUCCUCUUGGCUCUAGAAAAUGUAAGUCAAAUGCAAAGAGCGGGAGCUGUGAUUGAUGGGAAAGUCGUGCUGCGGGAGCAAACGCACUCUGUAAUCUCAGCAUUUUCACAACAGACGGGUUUGAGUCCUGAUCCCGUGUUGUGCUGUGCACCUCUCGGGGGUGCUGAGGGUCUGGUGGCAGUCGUACAAGUCACGCCUCGCCCUCACGAUAAGUUUUUUGGGAGCCGUUGAGGGAAAGGCCAAUUGGAAUUGGGCCAGGUGUUGCCUGCCCAGGUGGGAGCUGGCAGGACUCGGCUUCUCCUUGGCUGCAUCAUGUCAGGACAGUAGUUGUGGUGAUGGGGAUGCAGGGGAGAAAGGGCCUGGGGGGACUCUGGCAUGGUCUCAGCCUUGCCGCGCUCCUGUGAGCCCCGCACGGCAUCUCUGCCGUCUGCCAGUGCUGUGGGACUCGUGCUGCAGCGCUGCAAGGGUCCGGGCGGCGCUGGAUGCACAGCUGCCCGUCCCAUGGAGGCUCCCGCAGCACCUCAUUUGCAAUAACAAAGAUGUUAUUUGGGAGUUCUGCGCAGGUCUGUUACAAACUCUACCUCAAGGUGAAAGGCGAACCUGCUGACUAAACUGAGCAAGGUCUGUGCUGUGGAAAACUCUUUAACUAUGUGUAGGAAUGAAUGUUGUUCAGAAAGGACCUUGAGUCUAGUCAGACAGGGCUGUGAUAGCAAUCAAAUUAAUUCCUUAAAGCCUUCAGGGGUGGAGGAACACUCCUGCUUCAGAAGGGGAUAAAUAAAAAUGGGAAUAUUUACUCGAAGCAGAGCAUGUGUGGUGUCAUGUAAAAUGCCCAAGGAUGUCACCGGGAAUUUUUGUUCCCGGGUUUGGUUUUGGAAGUGUCAAGUCUGAAAGCACAGAGCUCAUCUGUCUUUCCCAGGGUGGCAGUUUUGUACCCUUGCUCACCGGCUGGAGCGGCAGCCCCCCAAAAAAGAGCAAGGGGAAAAAAAACCACCUUGAGCUGCAGUUCUGCAUCAUUUCCUUUGUGCAGUCCUGCUAAGCUUCAGUCUACUGCAGAAUGGCUACGAUGUAAAUUCACACCCAUUACACUUUUCAUUGGGAUUUUGUAUACAUAAUAGAUAUAAGACUUUUGUAAGGAAAAUAAAAAAUUUAAAAAAAAAAAAGUAGUUUUUAGAUGAACAUAUCUAGCGUGUGAAAAACCUGUUGAAGAAUAAUUACAUUAAACAUUUACCAGCAAGUCAGUAAAAAUAGUCCUUAUACAUUCAAUAUAAAUUAAUGUUCUAAAAAUAUUUUUUUUAUUUACCCAGUAUGUAUUGUAUCUUUGAAAUUUAAGAAGCAGCACUCCUUUACGUAAACAUUAAAUAUGCCUAUGUUUCUUUUUAACUCUACAGCAUUUUUGUCUCCAAAUAAAUUUAUUAAGUUCUGUGCACAAAAUAGUACUGCAGCCUGCUAUUUAGCCUAUGGUGCCUUAGAGUUACUACAAAUAUUUAACAAAAUGUACAUAAUGUAAAUACUGCCAGAAGAUCACUAAGGCCAAAUAUUUUCUCUAUUCACUUUUUACUGCACUUGCCUUCUAUUGCUAUUUAAGUCUGUUUUAUCCAGCUUUGUAACAGUUAUAACAUUGUAGCCAAUGUAAAUGUUUACUUUAAAUAAAUCAGAAUUUGUUCAACAAGUACUGUGCAUUUGGGCACUAUUUUGAGAACUCCGUUCGAAGUUAAAACAGUCGUCUGAGAAUUAAACUGUCUGAAGCAGUUUCUUGACUUUGCUAGUCUCAACGACAUCUAAAGGUUA